AGAGAGCAAGAUCUACUGAGCACAGGACAAUCUAGAGCCGGCACAAUGGUUGAAUGGACAGACUUCGAGCGCGCCACCAUCCAGGACAUCUUCUCCAAGAUGGACUAUGAGACAGUGGGCCCUGCAGCUCUUUCCAGGUGUCUGGUCGUCUACCCCUGGACUCAGAGGUAUUUCGGUAACUUUGGAAACCUCUACAACGCCGCUGCAAUCAUGGGAAAUCCACUGGUUGCAAAACACGGAACAAUUAUCCUGCACGGUCUGGACCGAGGUGUGAAGAACAUGGACAACUUGAAGGACACCUACGCCGAGCUGAGCGUGCUGCACUCUGAGAAACUGCACGUGGACCCCGAUAAUUUCAAGCUCAUUUCCGACUGCCUGACCAUCGUGGUUGCUUCUCGGAUGGGCAAAGCCUUCACUGGUGAAGUCCAGGCAGCUCUCCAGAAGUUCCUGGCCGUGGUGGUGUCCUCCCUGGGAAGACAGUACCAUUAGAGAGCUGCAACAGAAGACCCUCACAAGCUCACCAUGAAAAGCUCUGUUUUUGUUCAUGUCUCUAAGGCAUACAUAAAUAAAACAAUAAGCAUUUGAACAAC